AAACCGUAAUCCAUCUUCUCCACAUUUUUUUUUGUCUCUCCCUAUCUCGUGUGGGUGAAAUGGUCCGGCUGUUUCUCACACUUUCUCCGGCAAUUUCCCGAUUGAGUUUCCUAGCUGCUGCGUCACCUUCUCUCAGAUUACAACGACACCAUUUUCAUAAACUUAAACCCAAAAUCUCGCUUAUUGCUGCAUCCAAUUUUCAGAGGACAGGUUCUUCUUGUUCUACAAGAACAACUAGAGUUUCCUCCUCACAACCCAAAAGUGAAAGUUCGAAACUUGAUGAUGGUUUGAUUGUUCUAGGCAUUGAGACGAGCUGCGACGACACUGCCGCUGCUGUCGUGAGAGGGAAUGGUGAAAUUCUUAGUCAAGUCAUUUCUUCUCAGGCAGAGCUGCUUGCCCAAUAUGGAGGCGUGGCUCCCAAACAAGCUGAAGAAGCACACUCUCGGGUUAUUGAUAAGGUUGUGCAAGACGCACUAGAUAAAGCAAAUUUGACAGAGAAGGAUCUCUCUGCGGUUGCUGUUACCAUUGGACCUGGUUUGGGCCUCUGUCUACGCGUUGGUGUGCAGAAGGCUCGAAGAGUCGCUGGUGCUUUUAAUCUCCCAAUCGUCGGAGUGCAUCACAUGGAGGCUCAUGCCCUUGUAGCCAGACUAGUGGAACAUGAAUUAAGCUUUCCUUUCAUGGCAUUGCUUAUAUCAGGAGGGCAUAAUAUUCUAGUUCUUGCUCAUAAGCUUGGUCAGUACACACAACUUGGGACUACAGUAGAUGAUGCUAUAGGAGAGGCAUUUGACAAGACAGCAAAAUGGCUUGGUCUUGAUUUGCGCAGAAGUGGUGGACCAGCUGUUGAAGAACUUGCUCUUGAGGGUGAUGCAAACUCUGUUAAGUUUAAUGUUCCAAUGAAAAAUCAUAAAGAUUGUAACUUCUCUUAUGCUGGUUUGAAGACGCAAGUUAGGCUAGCCAUUGAAGCCAGAGAAAUUGAUGGUCAAUGUCCUGUUUCUUCUGCAACAAAGGAAGACAGAAGAAACAGAGCUGAUAUUGCUGCUUCUUUCCAGGUUCUUGAGAAAAUGGGGUGUAAAGUGUCAUGGACAGAGAACAGUGUGACUGUGACAGGACCAUCUAGAGAUGCUUUUGGAAUGAGACACUUGCGAGCUGUUGAUGUCAACAUGAACAAAAUGCCUGAUGUAGCCAUGACUCUUGCUGUUGUUGCUCUCUUUGCCGAUGGUCCAACCACCAUUAGAGAUGUGGCUAGCUGGAGAGUUAAGGAGACAGAAAGAAUGAUUGCCAUUUGCACAGAGCUUCGAAAGCUUGGAGCUACAGUGGAAGAAGGUUCAGAUUAUUGUGUGAUAACUCCACCAGCAAAGGUGAAACCAGCGGAGAUUGAUACAUAUGAUGAUCAUAGAAUGGCAAUGGCAUUCUCUCUUGCAGCUUGUGCUGAUGUUCCAGUGACUAUCAAGGAUCCUGGUUGCACCAGGAAGACUUUCCCUGACUACUUCCAAGUCCUUGAAAGUAUCACAAAGCAUUAA